AUGGCGGAUGAAACAGAAGAACAACAGUUUAUAAUUUGGUUUCAAACGCUGGAUAUCGAUGUUGAUUCCAAGGCGGAUAUUCUAGCAAUACUAAAAGCAGAAGGCUUUUAUAAGAUUCAGCACCUAAAGGAUUUUCAUAUCGACGAAGACCUAUGCAGUUUGCCACUGAAGAAGGCGGAAAAGCGAAGGUUUUUGUCAGGUCUUAAAGAACUAGAAAUCAAUGAAUGGCGCCUUCCUCCGAAUUUAUAUGAUAAAAGUAUUUUGGCUCCUGAAAAGGACGUGAGAGGGUCACAAGAAACAGAAGUUGAUCUAGGAGGAGUAAAAAUGACAAUGCAGUUACGGAAGAAGUUCGAGCAGGAAAAUCUUAUCAUCCCAAACCCGGUAACAGACAAACACAAAUUCUUUAAUUCACUGUUUUGCAAGUUUUGCAAGUUAUGCGUGUUAUGUUCACCUACAAAGUCGAUUUGUAAAAUACUUUAA